GAAAUAUCUGGAAAGUACAAUUACAAUAAUUCCUAAAUGAGAGAAGCAGGAGUAACUGAUGAACCUUCAGCUAAUUGCCCAUUGAUUACAGCUAAAAGUCAGCAUUCUUUUAGCUAUGAAAAAGAAGAGCCUAAAAAUGAGCUAGAUGACUUUGGGGAAGUAAAACCAGGAUUUCCAAACGCAGAUUACAAAUUGUAGCCUGCUUCCUAAUCUGGCCACAUUUCCAGUCAGGAGCGUGACACCCUGCAGAUGAGCCCUGUGCACUGGUAGGCACUGGUGGACACCCAGAACAUGAUUGUUCAGGUCUGGCCCUGGGUGGGGAAAGGCAGAAGCCAGCACAACACGCAGAACUUCACUGAAUUUCUGCCUUGGUGACAAGAGCAGGAACCCAACCUUUGCCUUUCCAGUUAAACCUCAUAACUCUAUUUGGAAAUUAACUUUUCUUAUUUUAUUAGAACCAGCUGGAAAAAUAAGGAUUUGAAGAACAGAGGCCAAGAGACAGCUUCUUUACUGAACUCAGGAAAACGGAAAGCUCUCUCUGAUAUAGCCUGAGUGUAAGCAAGAGAGGAGCAAGAUGCCUCACUCCAGAGACUCUUCAUCUCCAACGAGCAGCACAGGGAGCAGAGCUUCCUAUGAAACACCAGCACUAUCAGACCUCCAGAGGCUCUUGUGGUUCAGAGGAGGGUCUGAUAAUCAUGUGGACGAAGUCUGGCCAAAUAUUUACCUGGGAGAUGCGUGGGCUGCUAGGAGCAAAACUACUCUUCAAAGCCUCAACAUUACUCAUAUCCUUAAUGCAGCAGAUGGGCCUUAUAGCAUCAAUACAGGAGCCAAAUAUUACAAAGAUCUGCAAAUAGAGUACUACGGAGUAGAAGCAUUUGAUGAUCCUUCCUUUGAUAUAAGUAUCUUUUUCUACGAUGCUGCCAAUUUCAUAGGCAAAGGCUUAAACACUUCAGGAGGUAAGGUGUUUGUUCAUUGUGCCAUGGGGAUAAGCCGCUCUGCAUCUUUAGUGCUCGCUUUUUUAAUGAUCCAUGAAAACAUGACGCUUGUGGAUGCUCUGAAAACAGUGAGUGCUCACAGAGACAUCUGCCCAAAUUCAGGGUUCCUCAGCCAGCUCCGGGACUUGGACAUUAAAUUAAAUGAAGAGAGGAAAGGAACCAGAGAAUCUGCUACUAAAGAGCUGUAAGAAAAUAUUGCUGAAAGAAAGAGAACAAAACGUUAUUUGAGUUUCCUGUAUCUCUUUUAAAUGAAUUGCAGUUGUAAACUAAAGACACAAGUUUAUGAUACGCCAGAAUCCAUGUUACGACUAAAAGGAGAUUUUACUUGAUCUUUCCAUUUUGCAAAAUCCUCCCAGAUUAUAUUUACAAUUGGUUGUAUAUUGUAUCUCUCACUCUCCACCUUAAAACAUUGCUCUCUGCUGGUUUAAAAAAAAAAAAAGAUAUCAGGUUCCACUUCAGAAAUAGCUGUGUUUCAGCAACUAGUGAAGCCCAUAUCACUUUAUGAAGUGUUAGGCUAUUUGAGGUGAAAGAUGCCAUAUUAUUUCUGCUACAAUAAUGCUUAGAAGUUUUCUUAUGAAUCAGCCCCACACCCCUUUGCUCCCUGCAUCUGAAAUGGUUUGUAUUUUGAGACUUGAAUCUGGCACUGGUUAGUUCUUGCUUUUACAAUUGGUGGAGCUGCUGAGUUGGGGGUAAGAGGCCAUUUAAACACAGAGCAGCUGGGAAACAACACAAGCCACUCUUUAAGAAAUUAUUCCAGGUCUGCUUAUAGUAUUUUCUCUUUAACUAUUCAUUAGAUAUAUUCUUCUUUAGUCCAUAAAAAGUACCUCUGUUUGAGAAGGUAUUCAAAUAAUGUUCAUCUUCCCUGGUAAAAUCCACCGAGGACAUGCUGUGGAAAAUGCUUCUGAAGAGGAAGGUGGGCUCCCAGUUGAGGCUCCAAACAUCUGUAUGGGCAGUGGGAGCGGGUGCAGGAAAGCAUUUGAUGACAAAGUUAAAGGGGUCCCAAAUUUGCCUGACAGUCCAACAUUAUAAAACUUGGGAUUUUCUUUCUCAAAAAUAAAGGUCAUUAACAUUGCAACAUCA